AUGGCUACCUACGCUGUUAUCGGUGGCUCUCGAGGAAUUGGGCUGGAGAUUGUUCGCCAAUUGGCGGCGAAUCCGGAGAACACUGUCUUUGCUACAGCGCGAAACGUAGAGAAGUCUGUGCACUUGGCCAAAGUCGCAGAGGAGGCUCCCACAAAGAACGUCGUGAUCCUCAAAGCGGAUGUCGUGGAUCACCGCUCGCUGAAUGCUGCGGCGGAGCAAAUCGCGGAGGCCACAGGCAGCUCUCUCGAUGUUCUGAGUCAUAACGCAACGAAGAUGGAGUACGCGAAUGGCAAUCUGUAUCGCGCGCUGACCGAGUAUUCAUCGAAGCCGUAUGUUCCCAUAACGGUAGAGCCUACCGGCGGGAUGCUGACCCGUGCGUAUCAGUUCAAAGUCAACACCCUUGGUGCAAUUCAUUCCGUGGACUCCUUCCUCCCGCUCCUCCGGCAGGGCGCGACGAAGAAGAUCAUAAUUAUCAGCUCGGGAGGGGGCGAGCGCGACAUCGUGUGGAAGACCCGCUUGACUGCGCUCGCUGCGUACGCUGUCACGAAAUGUGCGGAGAACAUGGUCAUGACUAAGUACGCCGCCGAGCUGGUGGACGAGGGCUUUGUCGUCGCCGCUACUUAUCAGCCCCGGGACCGUGGAUGUGUUUGGCACUGCCACUUCUCCGAGUGA